AGCCAUGUUUUACACAUUUAUUGAUUUUGUUUGUUUUCUCCUGAGCUUAGACUGCUUGUUUUGGUGCUGUUUUUUUUUUUAUUGAGAUGUCUGGACGCGGUAAGCAAGGAGGCAAAGCUCGCGCCAAAGCGAAAUCCCGCUCUUCUCGCGCUGGUCUCCAGUUCCCCGUGGGCCGAGUGCAUCGCCUGCUCCGCAAAGGCAACUACGCAGAGCGGGUCGGGGCCGGCGCGCCGGUGUACCUGGCUGCGGUGUUGGAGUACCUGACUGCUGAGAUCUUGGAGCUGGCCGGCAACGCGGCUCGCGACAACAAGAAGACCCGCAUCAUCCCUCGCCACUUGCAGCUGGCCAUCCGUAACGACGAGGAGCUCAACAAGCUGCUAGGCCGGGUAACAAUUGCUCAGGGCGGCGUCCUUCCUAACAUCCAGGCCGUGCUUUUGCCUAAGAAAACCGAGAGUCACCACAAGGCUAAGGGCAAGUGAUUUGACAGGCAUCUGAGUUUCCGGAAACGCUAUCAAACCCAAAGGCUCUUUUCAGAGCCCCCCUACCGUUUCAGAGGAAGAGCUAACCUCACUGCUUGUACGUACAAGGAAUAAAGGUACUAAGGUUGCAAAAACUUCUCAUUUCAGAGAGAUGCCAGGAUCCCGAGUGCCUGCCAAACCUACCAAUUCUAAGGAAUAAGUGGAUGGAUGGUGUCAAUGUUCCUACAUCACUGAUUGAUUCUGCAUCUGCAAAUUUUUUUAUUAAAAACAUUCUACAUCGUGUGUGGGGGGAUAAGGAGGGUAAAAUGAAGAGAAAGAAUAUUAUUGAGGGGAAGUUCUUCUGAGUACAAAAUGUGUUUAAUUUUUUAAAUAAGUAUUACAUUCACAGGGUUCAAACGAUUUGAAGUAAAAAGAUAAAUAGAAAGAAUCCACUCCUCAACUCACCCCAGGUGAUCACUUUUCUUUUUCUUGUGUAUCUGCCCAGUAUUCAUUCCUGCUAAUAUCAGUCAAUAAUGAAUGAUACGUGUUAUCCACUUUUUUCAUCCUUGCCCAGAUAUCAGACUGUAUACACUGUUCUGCACUUGCCCUUUUCAUAACAAUCUAUCUUGGAGAACUUUCCCUGUGAGAACAUACAGAGCUUCCUGUACAUAGUUGCAUGUAUUGCAUUAUGCAAAUGCAUUAUAUUUUAUGUAACCUGUCUAGUGUUGGUAGGCACUUGAGUUCUUUUAGUCUUUUGCUAUCAAACAGUUCUGGGAUGAUUAACCCUGAUUUACUGCAAAAUUGAAAUUGCUGUGCUAUUCUGCUGGAAUAGUGGUAAGUGAACAGGAAAUUCCAGUCACUCUUGGGCUAGACUCAAGGUUCUUAAAAAUUAUAUGGCCAUCACCAAGUUAGUUGUUUUGAACCUUAAUUUCUUCACCUCUAAAAUGGAGGUAAUACUUACCUUAAUAGACUAUGAGAAUGAAGAUCAUGUAUGUGAAUUGUUUGGUGCUCUAAAGAACACCAGAAAUAAAAUUAUUUUAUUUUGAAAUUAAAUUUAAUUUUAAUUGUACUGUGUGUAAUUUCUUAAUUUUGAAAUUAUUUUAUUUGUAAUGUGCAUAAUCUUAUUUAAUGUAUAAUGUAUAUACUACAUUGUAAUAGAAGCAGAUUUCCCAAAUUCCAGCCUGGCAUGAGGUAAUGCAAAGGGAGAGGAA